AUGAAGAACCUGAAGGCUUCGAUAGUAAUUCGUAUAGCUCGUGUAAAUGAAUCAGUUCUUCCUGAAAACAAUAAAAUUUGCUUGGAACAAUACUUAUCACUUCGUACGAUUUAUCCUGAUGGGAAUGUUGUGUCAGUUGAUAAUCCAUUGGAAAUACCGGAUUUUAACUUUUGCAUUUUGCAAAUGAACGGAAUGAAGAGUACGAUUGAAAUUUAUCCUAUAAGAAACAAUUUUUUACUAGUAACCUACACCACGAAUACGAAUGUUCCUCCAGAUCCUUUUUCUUAUUAUGAAUGGGGAAUGAUUGUUGAUUUAAAUGGAAAUUCUUACGGUAAAAUUUUAUUUGGACCUGCCGUUGUCGAUCAUGUUACUAAUGAAUGGUCACCUGAAGAAGCUGCGAUUGAAGUAAAUUUUAAUCCUGACAGGGGAUUUAUCCGUUUGUCACCUAUCACAAAUACUUCUGAUUUCAUUUGGCAGCAAUACUCAGUUGAUAAAUAUGGAGAAAUUCAAUUACUUGCAGAAGAUAUCGUACAAUUUCCAAGGUUUCUUAGCACAGUAACUAUUGCGAUUCCAAUGGUGGACGAGAGAUACGCGAUUGUUUAUGCUAAUUCUACGGAUUCUGGAGCCACACUUGAGAAUCCUUUUAAAACGCAAGGAGGAAUCUAUGCCAUAAUCUUAGAAUAUGGCAAAGUCACUGAACGAGAACCAGUUGUUCUUUAUCAAACUCAAAUUCAAGGAAUAAAUUUUAAUAAAAUUGAUUGCGAUAUUAAUUACGUAGGAUAUGGGCAAACUUGUAUAGUGACAGGAAUUUUUACAGGUCGAGCAAUUAAAGACAGAUUUUAUCUUAAGAUUGAUUUUCUUUCCUCAGGAACUGUAUAUAGUGUAACACCAUUAAGGGAAGAGAAUAGCACUAUUACUCAAUAUAGUGUUCAAGCACUACCAUAUGGAGGUUAUUUAUUAAAGGGAUUUGAAAAAGUUAAUAAACAAAUUCAAAUUACUGGUUAUAUAUUUAAUGACAAUGUUGAACUUUUUAAUUGGAGCCUUCCAAACCCUACUGCAUCAUAUCUUCGAGCUCCUUCAGAAAUUUUGAGAAAUAAUACCUUUGUACUUGCUCAAUCCGUUCAAGUCGAAGAUAAACGAAGUUGGGCUUUGAUCACCACUGAUUUACAUAAAUUUGAGGAAGAAAAAGAUCAUGGAUAUAAUAACUUCCAUAUCGACAGCACAUUUCCAGAAAACAAUGUUAUGAUCAAAAUCGGCGAACUAAACAAUCUUACAAUAACAUAUUAUAAAGGAGUUGAUUUAUCGGGAGGUCAUAUUUUAAUUUUUCAAGAUGAUGGCAGUAUACGUCAAAAUACUUCUGGAAUCGACAACCGUUACGUAUCUUUAAGUGAAGAUGGAACUACUGUUUUUGUUAAAAUAAUUAAUUGCAUAUUCAGUCAACCUGGUAAAAAUUACUAUGUUUCAAUUGGUAAUAAUUUUGUUAAAAGCAGAAUUUAUCAAGAACCUCUCUAUGGUAUAAAAGAACGUGUUUGGUCCUUUAAACCAUAUGUUGCAAAGGAAGAAAAAAUUUCAGAUACCGUUAAGGGGCAAGUUCGAUUGACUGCAAACGGGACCGUCUAUUUUAAUAGUCUUAACGAGAGCGAACAAAAAAAUUUCUUUACAAAAUUAAGACAAGAAUUGGCCGAUGCAAUUCCCGUCAGUCAUGAACGUGUAACUACCAAUGAAAAGACUCAAAUCGACUCUUCUACUUCCCCAAAACAAAUUUUUUUGUCUAUUGAUAUUAAUAAAGAUAAAACUAAACAAGAAAGAACUGUUAGUUAUGCAAUUAAAGCUUUAGAUAAUUUGAUUAGGAAUAAAACUAUCACUGUUAUUGAAUACGGUGAAUAUUCAAGAUAUUUAGAUGAAAAUUACGGAUACCAAACACCAUGUAUAAUCCUACCCCUACUGGUUUUAUUAUACAUUUUCGCCAGAUGUAAAAAUCCUGAAGCAAAAAAUAUGGGAAUAUUUAAAGUUGCUAUUUUUAUUUUCGAUAUUGUCAUGGGUAUUUUUUUUAUUACUACAAAAGCAAAAGACGUUGAUAAAUUAUAUAUUCCAAGUCUUGUAUUUUUUAUAGGUCCAUUUAUCAUAAGCGUAAUAAUUGCAUUCAUUAUUAUUAAAAAAGAAGAGGAGAAUAAAAAAUUUUUGGAAUGGUCAAAAGAUAAUAAUAAAGUUGUAGAAAUCUUCACAAUUUUAGCAGGAACUGAUGUUGAAGCGUUAACUGAACUCGAAUCAAAAAUUUGGAAUUUUGAUUUUUUUAAAGCAGAAUUUUCUAAAAUAGCAUUGCGUAGAAUGUUUUGGGGAUCUUGCUUUAACAUUUUUUUUGAAGAUAUUCCGCAAUUAGUUAUUCAGAUUAUAUAUUUUAGAAGUGUGGUAAAUUACGAUGCUAUACCUUUAUUAACACUUUUAUCGUCUUGUCUAUGUUUGCUUAGUAAUAUUAUUGGAAGAUUAUACAGAUUUAAAGAUCAUGGUAGAAUAACUUAUGGAGGCUCAGAUAAUUUUAUGGAUGAAAAGUCAAAUGAGAAAACUAAUGAUAUUGAUAUGUUAUUCGAGGAUAAAGAAAAAUAA